CUCUAUUAUAAUAAGAGUAAGAAUUCGUGAAUAUCUCUCAAUAAUACGAAAUAUUCGAACUCUCGAUCUCCGAUAAAUAGCUCGAGGAUGGAGUCAUUAGUAUAAAAACAAUCUUUUGGUUGCUCGGGCUUAAACAAUUCUCCUGCCUUUCAUCUUCCAUCUAUCUCUCUCCCCUUUUCAUUAUAAUAUGUAAUGUAAUUCUUGUUUAUUCUCCAGAAAGCUCUUUACACUUUUUCAAGUAAAAAACACUCAGCUUUUCAAUGGCACUAGAAAAUGUGCUCUACCCGCAAGAUUCAUUUUGUUACACUGCCAGGGACUUCUGGGGCUGUGACUAUAUUCUACCGCAACUCGAACAAAACAAUGAUUUUUCGCUCAUCUCGAACAAAAAUGUGGCAACUAAUCUCCAGUACGAGAUUAAUUUACAGCGAUCUUGUGUUUCCUCGGCACUAUUGAUUGACGAUUUCAACAAUGAUCAGUUGCGGAGUCGCAAUAAUUUGUCGCCCGACGGGGCUAAUAGCUCGGGCCGAGCCGAACCGCCCGUGACUAGUACUACUGACCGGAAGAGAAGGCGGAGAGCGAAGAUUUGUAAGAACAAGGAGGACAUGGAGAGCCAGAGAAUGACGCAUAUCGCGGUGGAGCGAAAUCGCCGCAAGCAGAUGAAUGAGUACCUUGCGGUUAUCAGGUCUUUGAUGCCUACGUCUUUCGUCCAAAGGAAUGACCAGGCAUCAAUAAUUGGAGGAGCCAUAAACUAUGUGAAGCAACUAGAGCACCAGCUUCAAACCCUUGAAGCACAGCAUAAAACAACUGUGGCAGAUGAUUCGAAGAGUUGUUGCACUGCAGGUUCUCCUCGAUUGUUCGCGGAUUUCUUUGCAUUCCCGCAGUACCCAACAUGCAGUUCAGAUGAGCCGAGGGCUUCGUCUGACAAUGAUCCGGCAGUGGCAGAGCCAGAGGGAGGCCCCGCGGUGGUGGCUUACGGGGAGAUAGAAGUCACGGUGAUGGAAAGCCAUGCGAACCUCAAGAUGCUAACGAAGAAACGUCCGAAACAGCUCGUGAAAAUUGUUGCAGGUCUCCAGAGUAUGUGGCUCACGAUUCUGCAUGUUAAUGUCACAACCGUUGAGCAAAUGGUUCUCUACACCCUAAGCCUCAAGAUUGAAGAGGGUUGCCAGAUGAAUACGGUAACUGAGAUUGCUGAUGCUGUAAACCAGCUGCUGGCAAAAAUCGAAGAAACUCAUGAGUGGUCCAUUCCCACUACUACAUUUCUUGCUAUAGAAACAAGGGGAAGAUCUCUGCAUUUUUGCCAAAUAAUUCACUCAAAAUUCUACGUGCUGCAGAAUGACCAGGCAUCAAUAAUUGGAGGAGCUAUAAACUAUGUGAAGCAACUAGAGCACCAGCUUCAAACCCUUGAAGCACAGCAUAAAACAGCUGUGGCAGAUGAUUCGAAGAGUUGUUGCACUGCAGGUUCUCCUCGAUUGUUCGCGGAUUUCUUUGCAUUCCCGCAGUACCCGACAUGCAGAUCAAAUGAGUCGAGGGCUUCGUCUGACAAUGAUCCAGCAGGGGCAGAGCCAGAGGGAGGCUCCGCGGUGGUGGCUUACGGGGAGAUAGAAGUCACGGUGAUGGAGCAUGCCAACCUCAAGAUGCUAACGAAGAAACGUCCGAAACAGCUCGUGAAAAUUGUUGCAGGUCUCCAGAGUAUGUGGCUCACGAUUCUGCAUGUUAAUGUCACAACGGUUGAGCAAAUGGUUCUCUACACCUUAAGCCUCAAGAUUGAAGAGGGUUGCCAGAUGAAUACAGUAAAUGAGAUCGCUGAUGCUGUAAACCAGCUGCUGGCAAAAAUCGAAGAAGCCGAAGUUUAAUAAUAACUCAAGCUUCUAUUUCUUUUUCAUUUAGUUCAGUUUUCC